AUGGCUCCUGCAAUUGUGACCGGCCCCCUCCCUCUGUGUGUGUGUCUGCUGCUGACAGGUGGCCUGGCCGAGGCAGGCAAGCUGCUGGUGGUACCCAUGGAUGGGAGCCACUGGUUUUCCAUGCGUUCGGUUGUGGAGAAGCUCAUGCACAGAGGCCAUGAGGUGGUCGUAGUCAUGCCAGGGGUGAGUUGGCAACUGGGAAAAUUGUCAAAUUGGACAGUAAAGACUUAUUCAACUUCUUACACUCUGGAGGAUUUGGAUCACAAGUUCAUGGUUUUUGCCAAUGAUCAAUGGAAAACUCCAGCACAAAGAGUAUUUUCUUUACUCAUGAGUUCAGCCUACAGUUUUAUGGAAUUGUUAUUUUCACAUUGUAGGAGUUUGUUUAAUGACAGGAAAUUAAUAGAAUACUUGAAAGAGAGUUCUUUUGAUGCAGUUUUCCUGGAUCCAUUUGACAUGUGUGGCUUGAUUGUUGCCAAAUAUUUUUCACUCCCAUCUGUGGUCCUCGCCAGGGGGAUAUUUUGCAAUUAUCUUGAAGAAGGUACACAGAGCCCCGGUCCUCUUUCUUAUGUUCCCAGACUUUUCUCAGGGUUCUCAGAUGUCAUGACCUUCAAGGAGAGAAUAUGGAACCACAUUUUCCACUUGGAGGAGCAAUUAUUUUGCCCCAUUCUUUUCAAAAGUGCCUUAGACAUUGCCUCUGAAAUUCUCCAGACACCUGUGACAGCAUCUGAUCUCUUCAGCCACACAUCCAUUUGGUUGUUACGAACUGACUUUGUGUUGGACUAUCCCAGACCUGUGAUGCCCAACAUUUUCUUUGUUGGUGGCAUCAACUGCAGUCCCUGCAAGCCACUGCCUCAGGUGAGUUAUCCCUCCUUUAGCACACGAAGAAUAAUAUGGUUUGGACCUUGA